AUGUCUGCUGCAACUCCCGCAUACGGCAAGAAUGCUGACAUUGGAUACUCGAGCGGCAGCGAUGAUGGACAAGCUGCUGGUCAGCGAAAGGCGCUGGCCACCACCAGUGGAUCAGGUGCGGCAUUACCUCUUCCACCCACAUCAGAUUCUCUCAGCCAGCCUGCAGGGAGUCUCCUCAAGGGUGCGACGGAUGAGAAUGGAAACCUCAAGCCUGCUGCGUUGAUGCUUGGUCUUAAGCUAGAUCUCGAGGCUGAAGUCCAUCUCACGGCGAGGGUUCGCGGCGAUAUCACGAUAGGACUGUAUUGA